AUGUCGAUUUUCUACAUUAUUGGAAAUUCGAUUUUCUAUAAUCUAGAAAAUCCGUGAGGAUUUCAUAUAUGGACUUUUUGAAAAUCGCCGAGCAUUUUCUAUAAAUAAUUCCCGACUUUACAGUGUACUUAAAGUUCAACUGCACUUCAAAACGCGUUUUAUUCGACUCAAACGCAUCUAAAUGCAUUUUAGCGAACGCGUUAGGGAAAACGUACUGUUUGCUUUACAUAAUACUUAAAACGCGUUGUGUCUGCACGCCAACAACAAACGUGCUUAGAUGUGCCAACAAAAUUUUAUAACAUUACAAUACAUUAAAAGUACAUUAAAUUCUCAUAACGCGCGUUUGGGAUUAACUAACGUUACUUUUUUUAACGUUACCUUCCGAGAGCAAAAACGCGUCUAAGAACUAAAAUAGCACCACUGCUCUCUAAAAAAAAAGGUUUAUUACGAAACUUAAAAGGGUAUAGAGAAGUGCAAUCAUUUCUAAACCCUUUUAGGUUUCGUAGAAGAAAAGGUGCAGUACGAAACCGUUUUAAGUGCAUUGAAACGAUUGAUCAGUGCAUUUGCUUAUUUCGUUAUGUUUUUUCCUCAUGAUUUUUUGGGCUUAGUUUUCACCGUCCCCAAUAUCAAUAGAAAUAUGUCUUUAUGGGUCAAAGUUUGUUAAAACAUCAUUUCUGCAUCCACACACGUAUCACAAUGCUGCGAAAGUUCUGAAAAUUUUCUAGACGAAUUGUGAACGCGUUGUAAAACGUUUUGUCGAUGCAACGAUAGAAAACAUUAACGCGUAAAAGACAUAUUUUUUGACCUUUCGAUGCGUUCCAAUGGUGUUAUUUUAGUCCAUAUUCGCCCUUUUAAUGUCAAAAGAUAAUGUUAAAAAGCGUUACUUAAUCCCAAAGCGCAUUAUCAGAAUUUAGGAUGUAAUUUUAAUGUAUUAUAACACGUCUAAAAUUUUAAGUUGUCAUUGCAGCUAACUUGUCUGUGUAGCUUCAAUACUACACAAGCAAUAAUAUGGAAAUUCCUCGGUGAUUUUCCCGAUAACUGGGAAUUAAUUCUAUUUUUCGAAUUUCCAGAAGUCCAUAUAUAAAAUCGCCGAGGAAUUUCCCGAUUAAAAAUCGCUGAGUAUUUUCCAUACUUCUAGAAAAUCGAACUGGAAAUUCGACCUGGAAAAUCGAGGUCGACUUUUCAGGUUUUUUUGUAAAUUAGACCUCGAAUUUUCAGAAUGCUGGAAAAUCGAGGUCGACUUUUCAGGUUUCUUGUAAAUUCGAUCUUCUAGAAUCUAGAAAAUUCUCAAGGAAUUUAUAUACGGACUUUUUGAAAAUCGCCGCGCAUUUUCUAUAAAUAAUUCCCAACAUUACAGUGUAUGGCUCACAUUUCGGAAACAAAGCAGAGUUAUCAGACAUUUUUGUUCAUACAUCUACUUAUUCUGCGUACACGCGAAUCUAUAACGGCUAAUAAUCUACGCUUCACAAUUUCUAAAAAUCCACGUUUUUUAAAGUAUAAAUCAAUUUUUCUUUUUGCUCUUUCAGUGAAAGCAAAUACCAUAUUAGGAAUUCAAAAAACAAAAAUGAGCCAACAUCUUUACAAUAGUUUUCUCGAUGCAAUUAUUUGUGUGGGUUUUGAUUCUCCGGAUUUAAGUAAUAUAAGUCAUUUUUCAUUAUUUGAUGUUGACUUCGAGUCAAGUGUCGUGGCUGUUGUCACAUCAGACACAGCUUACUAUCCGCGUUCGAAACCUAGCUAUGAUCCGACGUAUCCUCCACGUGUUCGAACUAAUUCAAACUCCACAAAUAAAUCUGAUACUUCAAGUGGUCGUUCCACGCCACUGAAACCACCAUCGUCAGGAUCAAAACAUUCUCAUCAUUUUGUUAUACAACCGGAGGUAAUCCAAAAUGUGCCAUUGUUUUGUUUUCCUGAUGGUGUAAAAGCAAAAGAUAAGUGUGAACAAGACAAAGUACAUAAUUUCGUUUUAACAGCGGCUGAAGGUGAACGAUCAUAUGCACUCGCAUUAACAUUUCAUCGAUCAUAUUUGGUCAAGAUGAAUGCUGAUGGUACAGGAGAGAUUAUUGAACCAAAAAUACAGCUAGAAAAAGAGAUAGAAUCAGACAUGAAACCGAGAACAUUAUCUUCUGAAAAACAGUCGAAAUAUAAAAUAAACAUUCCACUCGAUACAUCACAGCCGGAUCUCUGCGAUAAAAAACAGUACACAGGUCAUGGUAGUGAACAUACACUGAAUCAACAUCGAUCCGAAAUGACUUUAAAUCUACUUCCAACAACAAAAAUGAAGAAAAUUCCAGUUUCAUUUGGAUAUUCGCCGACUAAUCUGUCAGGUUCAUUGGCUACACUAAGACGAGGUAGUUGUUCAGAAAAUCACCAUCAUUAUCCUAAAGGGAUGUCUCCAGCAUCAUCAAUCCCCACUCUUUCAAGUAAUUCUGUACUAACACGUUUAAGUCGUCAAAAUUCAUUAUCAGAAAUGAUUACACCAAUUGAUAAAAUUGACAUUUUUCUACCGUAUACAAUCGUUUUCAUCUCUAAACAACCGUAUUGGGCAGCCAUUCAUCAAUGUAUAUCAAUGCUGUACGACGAAAUUAAACAGAACCAAGCUCAAAUAAAUAGUCAAGAAUUUAAACAAAUUAUUCAGCAAUAUGCUUAUCGUUUAUGCAACACUCCCACACCACCAACAAUCUCAAAUCGUAUUUCUCUAUCAUUAACAAUUUCGACUACACAAUAUGUUCAAAUAACAUUAGAUCCAUCGUCGGCCUACGACAGACCCGUUUUAGAUUUAGAUUUGUCUACACUAUUGACAACAUUGAAUAUUGGCAAUAUUACUAUUAUUCUUGCUGCUCUAAUGACUCAACAACCAAUAGUAUUUUUUAGUCAGUCAUAUGCACAAUUAGUGACCAAUUUGGAAUGUUUACUAUACUGUUUUUAUCCAUUGAAAUGGUUACAUGUCUACGUACCUUUAUUACCAUCGAGUUUACUUGAGAUUUAUUUUGAUCAAGGACCCGUUGGAUGUUACAUUAUGGGUUGUCACAGUAAACAUCAACAAAUUAUUGACAACCUACAAACGUGUAUGACCUGCAAUUUGGACACUGACCAAAUUCUCAUACCAGAUAUACUUGAGUUUCGUCCAAUACCAUCACAAAAAUUGACCAGCUUCAUCGAACAAAUGACACAAACAACCGAUGAGAUCAAACAACGAACAGAUGUGAACGGUUUUCAAUCACCAAUGAAAAUGAGAAUGAAUGAUUUGAGAGAAUAUGAGAGAUUAUUGAGAACACGAAAUAACGAGACAAUCUCAAUGACAUUUUUAGAACUAAUGGUUGACAUUUUCGGAGACACACUCAACUGCAUUAGAAUUGUCAAAGAGAAAUCAUCUAAAACAAGUCCUGACAGUACAAUGCUAAACGCAAAUCAAAAGCAACGAGAUCCGGUGCGAUUGCCAGUAGAACCAGGCGAUGUUUUUCUAAAGAGUCAAUAUUUAAAAACGAAGAAUGAGAGUGAGAUCGAAUUCUAUACAUUAUUGAUCGAAAGUUCAGCAUUCCAUACAUUUAUCGGUGAACAGUACGAAUCUCUAGUGUCUACUCAUAGGUCAAACAUAUUCCGUGAAUUAUGGAAGUCUAGACGAGAAAUUUUACACGAUCAACUUUUUGACAUAAAUAAGGGUGAUGACUGGAACAGAAAUCAAAUACUGUCACCUCGUCAAUUAAGCCCCUCGGUUAUAAUUCAUCUUCCAUUGCCAGAUUGGACAUCAUCAAAUCAAUGUUAUUACAUCGAUUCUUGCAUCGACCGCUUCACACAAGAAUUAGAAGCAGCGAAAAUUGAAAUGCCGCAAGUGUUAUCAAAUUACUAUUAUUUACGUGGAUGCUGUUAUAUUGCACAAAAUCGUCUGCUCGACGGUCUACAAGAUUUUUACUCUAUCACAAAUCCUCAAUUGUUUCCUGGUAAAUAUAUCGAAUCAGACGUUCUUAACCAUUUAUCGGAAGAAGAUUUGAAAACAUUUUAUGAUAAAGAAAUUUACACAAAAUGUGAACAAUGGAAAAAAAUAAAAUUUACAGUUGAUCAACUUUCGACCGUUGAAUUAAGCGGUUAUCAAUCACCAUUGGAAGAAGAGCAAAAUGACUGGUACGUAUCGGAUGAAUUUGUUACAUGUGAACAGUUUAGUGAACGUGUUCAACGUUUGGGAAUUGUUGCUGAUCAAGAGACAACAAUGAGAUUAUUUAACGCAUUACUCCAUUGGAAUGAAGAAAAACAAAUAACGUCAAUAAAGAAAGAAGAUAAAAUUGCAUUGAAGAAAGCAGAAUCAUUUGAUACACAGACAGUCACAAAAAAGUGGACCGCUCAUUCAACACUGAAAGAAUCUGUAGCUUUACUAACAUCGUCAAGAAAACAAACUAAAACUAGUGACCAACCAUUGCGAUUGCCAGGUACACUAUUCGACUUAUUUUUAGACAUAUGGCAAAGAAAAUAUGACGAAAGAGAACGCAUGAGAAAAUGUUUGCCAAAUGACAAUCGUAAUCUAGAAAUGAUAUUGAAGGUCUCAUCUUCUGGCUCAAAAACUCAUCUCGGUGUUGGCUAUCUUAUAUUAACACAAAAGCGUUUAUAUUUUCUUCCGGAAACUCGUCAUCAAUGUGUUUUAUUAACAGAUAUAGAAGAUAUCAUCCUCAUUGAAAAAUUUCAACAUUCCAGUGUAUUUUCAGCAGAUAAACCCGGUAUAAAAAUAAUGAUUUGGCAACAUGUAGUUUCAAAAGAUGAUACACUAACACCAUCGGCACCUAACUUGAAAGAGCAAACACUGAAACUGAUAAUGAAAGAUGACAGAGAUUUAUGGUAUACUUUGAUCAAUGAAUUAUGGAGCGGUUUCAAGAUUGCAAGAGAGCAAUUCGAUCAUCUGAUUAAACAAAAAGCAUCAACAAACAUUCUUUUGAUGGAUGUAUUAUCGGAAAUCACAUACGAUCACAAAAAUUUCAAACAACAUAAAAAUCACCUACACCCUCAGGCCAAAAACUCUCAUAUUUCGGAGUUAGCAUGUAAUGAACUGUGCGUAUAUACGUCGAUGAAAGAAGGUGGUUACAAAUGUUUGACACAGGAGACGCGUAAUGCACUGACAUAUCGUAUUCAACCGUCAUUACGUGAACGAGACAAAAAAUCCAUUGAAUCGUUGGUCUUUGUUGAUGAUGAAGAGUAUCCAUCGUUGUGGUGUGCCUACGGAACAAAAUUGAAGGUAUACGAUGCUCAAACAUGGCUUUGUGACAAAAUUAAAUAUCCUUUUUCAUCGGAAAUCAAAUGUUUAUGUUUGGACAUUGUAAAAAUGAAUUUAUGGGUAGGAUCUGAGAAUGGGGAAUUGUUUGUUGUUGACACACUAACACGAACGGUACUUACUAAGCUCACAUCGGUUGCUGUUACGUGUCAAUCUCUCACUUAUGAUGUUUUAACGAAUCAGAUGAUAACAGGAUAUAAAACUGGACAAAUUGUAAUAUGGGAUACGAAUACAUGGGGACAAAUACAUGAAUUUGAUGUUAGGCAGUUAUGUUUUCCUGAUCCUGUAUUUAAAACUGAACAGGAAAAUGGUCUUAAAACAUUUUAA